AAGAUACCGACGCUUCACCAUGAGCGCUACCGGGGCCAGCACCACUGUCAUCGCCGCCGACGUUCAGCGGUGCGAGCCCGAGUGGCGGUCCAACCCUGGGGUUCGCGGGUGUGCAAGGGCGAUGUCCUCGGGCUGGGGUCCUUUCGUGCUGCCCGGAACAGAGGACUGCGUGUUGCGCACCGAGGACGGUGGCGCAUUCCGGGCACACAGGGCCCUUCUGUGCGCGGCCAGCCCCUACUUCCGAGGCCUGCUACGUGGCGGCCAUACUGACGUGCUGAUGGGAGGAGUCAAGGGAUCGGUGCUCAAUGCCUUGCUCGCCCACGUAUACACGGAUCAGCUAUGCGUUACAACCGAUAACGUGCUGGAGGUGAUGGAGGCUGCCGACAUGCUGCUGCUAGAGCACUGCCUAGAGGAAUGCAUGGAAAUGGUGCAGCAAAACGUUCAAAUCGGGAACUGCCUUAGCCUGGCCGUGGUCAGCGGGCAGUACUACUGGCAAGCUUUCCGCGACUACCUGCUGGGAUACAUACUCGAACACUUCGAUGAGAUAUGGCGCGUCAGCAAGGAGUUUCCAGAGAUGUCCGCACGGCAUCUCUGCGAAGUUCUGGAGUCGCCGGAGCUCAACGUUCGGCAAGAGCAGACCUUGCUGUACGCUAUUGCACGCUGGGCGAAUGCUGGUGGCGACUUUCCCAUCGUUAGUCGGCCUGGGCUUCGACAGCUACUGGAAUGUGUUCGCGUUGGCCUCUGCAGCCCAGCUGACCUGGAAGCAUUUCAAAACUUCUGUCCUGCGUUGGCCAUGAGCCCCGCUUACCGUGAGGCCGUAUUGGAAGCCCUCGAACGUGGCCCCUGCCUGUGCUCGCCGAUCCCGUUCCUGCUCGAAAAAUGCUCUUCGCAAGAACCGGGAGCGCCAGUCGCGGAAGCGGCAGCGAUCGGAGUUGCGGCCCCGCUCGCCGCUGACCCCGCAGCUGUUGUCCGAAACGAUGCCGCAGCUGCCGUCGCAGAUGCAGACGCUUCCGAUGCUCCCGCUGAUGUUGGCGCAGACGUCGACAUGGAGGAAGACGAUGCCGACGCUGGAGUCACUGAAGACCUGCCCGUGGUGAAACCCCAGUGCGAUAAAUGCGGCAAGAAUAACCCUGAACGCUGGCUUCCUCGCUUUCCGCACAACAUGUUGUUCGUGGUAGGCGGCUGGAGGAUGGGGCAGCCGUUGUCUGACAUCAUAGCCUUCGACCCACGCACCAACCGGUGGGUUUACCACAAGAACGAGUCCAUCUUCGAGCCAAGAGCCUACCACGCAGUGGCCGUAUACAGGAGGCGUAUUUUCGUGCUGGGCGGCAUGCAAGAGCGGAACUACUUGCGCUCCACUAUCAGCUACGACAUGGACAAGUGCGAAUGGAAGAGCGAGUCCUCCAUGAACGUCCCACGCGCCUAUCUUGCAGCCGUGGCACUGGGGGAGUACAUCUAUGCAAUAGGCGGACACACUGGUGUGGAGCGAACGCCUAGUGUAGAGCGCUACUGUCCGCGGACCAGGCAGUGGGCCGUGGUGUCUCGCAUGAACAGGAGGCGUAGCGAUGCCGCCGCCUGCGUCAUCAAAGGUCGCCUUCUCGUGAGUGGUGGCUUCAAUGGCCGCCGCUACCUGGAGAGCGUCGAGGUGUACACGCCGCAGACGGACAGCUGGUCACUCGUUCACUCGCUGCCAUUCCCUCGCUGCAGCCACAGAAUGAUCGUGCUGGGGGCAUAUGUCUACGUCAUAGGCGGUUUCGACGGCCGCCGACGUCUCACAUCAGUGGUCCGCAGCCUGACCCUGCUUCCACUGAAGUGGCACAGCGUCGCUCACCUGAAGAAACCCCGGAGCACCUUCGCCCUUGCACAGCUCGAGGAUGAGCUGUACGUCAUCGGUGGCCACGAUGGCAAGACUAUUGUAUCCAACGUGGAGCGGUAUUCACCGCGCGACGGCAGCUGGAGCUCAGCCCCGUCACUGACUGAGCCUGUGAGCGCCAUGGCUGCUUGCCUCGUGUCGGGUGGGGCCAUCUGCAAGAAGCUUUCUAUGAGGGGAACUCUCGAGCUUUCAUGACAGAAGCAGCGCGGAGUGGACAGGUGCUUCAUCACCCAUCUGUCAGUUGCGUGCGGUGAAACUUUUGAAGCUUACGUAAUUUAACAUCUGAAAAAUUAUUUGCGUCCAGUGACAACAGAGACCUCGUGAAGAAAGGGCUUGGCUGAAAUUGUGACGACGCAGUUGUAAAUACAAGGCGUCGACCAAAAUCAAUAUGUUUUUUAUUGUUUCACAAAAAGCCAUCUGUGUGGUGAAAGCGUACAAAUGUCAGGCGGGCUAUUAUCGCAUACGCUGCUGAAGAAAGGACGACCGUGACAUGUACGUCCGCAAGUAACACGCAGUAUCUCAAGUGCUUUCGGCAUGGGAGUGGCGAAGUGUUUCCGAAACAUGCGCCGCAUUAAGAAAAUACGACAGAGUUCGCUUGCCACAGGGAAUGAUGAAGCUUGGUGGAGGACGCUGGUAUUUCGGCCUCCCGAUUCUGCAUACGGCUGGAACAUGUUAUUCCUGUUUUCCUCUACAUUCCUGAAAUCAGUGACUUCGAUAACGGCAUGAAGGCGAGUUGAAGACGCGAUCGCGAAGAGGCAAUUCAAUGCAUAUGUGCAGCCUUGCAUAACUGCAUAUUUUAAUUUUUAAUCUUUACUAACCGUGUCGAGCCGAGUUUCGCCGUCGCCAGCAAUUUGACCUUCAUUUCACCGCAGCUGCGCCGUUGCCUUGGCAGCGCAUCACGUGACUCGCCGCGCCGAACUCCGCCGCCGUUAUCGGCUUGGCACAUGCGCUAUCUUUAGCUGGGUCGCCGCCUGACCACGUGACGCCGCGCGCCUGGCUGAAAGGAGCGCCGCACUCGCCUAGUCAGUGCGGGCGUUGCCAUGGAUGAGAGCGAGGCCGGUAUUCUCUGAGCGUUGCGCGGAAGCGGGUGGCUUUGAGCCAUCGUCGUCAAGCGGCGUCUGACUACUCCGCGGAUAUCGCCCGGCGAGCUGCUUCACUGGAGAGGAUCCGGAAUGCAACAGGCGUCGCACCGUCGAGAUCAAUGUAUCAACCACGUUCGCGCCCUGGCCGUUUGUGCUUUGACGCUGCGCAUGUUCGUGGUGUCUUUUUGCAUGCUGCUUAGCACUUGCGCUUUCCCUGUGGCCCAACAGGCGUCGCACCGUAGACCGAUGCGUGUCUGCCCAAGCCUAAUCAUAGUCAUCUCUAGCCACCGGCUUAAGCACAGCCUUCAUACCUGUCUUAACGAUGACUGUAAACCUACGUAUAAUAAUUACAGCUAAGUCAAAGGUUAACUAAGUAAAAUAAGAACUUAAUCAGGCUGAAGCAAGCUUUCGCUUUGCAUAUCCAGGGUUAGCUGAGUUAAGCCACAGCCAAUUUUUUCUUUGGAGAUAAGUAACACUAUAUGUAUCGUACUUGACGAUACUGGAUGUGUCGGUCGUCUUUUUAUUCGCUCUCAAAAUAAGUUACAUACAAUGGCCGCACGCCGUCUGAUAUGAUAGGAAUUGUUAGCAGGGACUCUGAAACCGGGACGGGGGGAAGGCUUCAUAGGGGCUCGAACCACUCCGUAGUUCUUUCUUUUACGGGGCUCCGGCUCCCCACCUUCCUCUGUCUUUCAUCUCUGCUCCUCCUUCCCUGGCAUGACGCCGCCUACUGUUUGUUGCCGGCAUGUGGAAUAAACAAAAUGUUGGUCAUCAUAUCA